AUGAAUAUAAUUGCAACUNAAAGUGAUAUUAUUGAAAAGAGAUUAAAAGAAUGUUAAGAAUAAAUUAAAUAAUUUUAGAUAUAACUCAAAGUAACAUCUUAAUCUGAAGAUAAAGCUAAAGAAAAGAUCUAAAAGUAUUAGCAAUAACUUUAAAAAAUGAAAGAAAAUUUUGAUAAACAAGAAAAAGAAUUAUAAAAUUAUAAGGCUUCUUUAAAUGAAAUUACCAAGAAAUUCGAAGAAGAAUAAUAAAAAAAUCUUUAAUUAAAAGAUGAUUUUGAAAAAGAGAAAAUGAGAUUAGACGAAGAAAAUGGAAGAAAAUUUAAAUAAUUGAGUCAUUUAAAUAAAAAAAUAAAGAGAUUUUUUUCUUUGACUGUGCUAAUAGUACUGGCAUUACUUUUUUAAUUUAUGAUCUACAAACCAUUAUCUGUUUGA